AACAAGUCAAUUAACAGAGCAGAACCAGCAUAGCGGCCCCAGGUACUGCACGCAGGUGUGGGGAGGCAUAGAGGACGGAACUGGGCAGCCCAGCCGCUGCGUCUCUGAGGUUCUGUGCCCCUGCCCAGGAUGAGCUCCGUGUCCAGCAACCCUGAAGAUGGGGACUCCACAGAGCAGUCUCAGCUGGGGCUAGCCACCGUGAUCCAGAAGUUGGAAGACACCAUCCUGAGCCCCAUGGCCAGCAGGGAGGACCGGGCACUGACUGUGCGUGGAGAAGGCCAGCUGGCCUUACCAACCCCUGUGCCAGCCCGUAUCCGAGAGAUCGUGUCGGGCAGCCUGGCGGAGGAGCCGCUCUCAGGACUGCCAGAGCUGCCAGCUACUACAACCCAGGCACAGGAGGAGAGUGAACUCCUGCAAGAAGAGCUGGCCCGUUUGGAGGACCUGUUGGCUCAGGCAGAUGCUGAGCGGGAGGAGCUGGUUAAGAAGUGUCACAUGGUCAGCCAGAGGUUGCAGGCCCGCCUGGACACCACUGAGGCCCGGCUUCGGAAGUCAGAGCUGGAGCAUAGCAUGGACUUGGAGGAGGCUCUUAGCCGGCUGGAGGUCUCACAGCAGAGGAGCGUGGGCCUUUCCCAAGUAAACACCCUCCUGCGAGGACAGCUGGAGCACAUGCGGAAGGCCAACGACACACUGGCCAGGGAGCUGUCCAGGACAACACACAGCUUGCUCCGCCUGCGGGGCGAGCGGGAGCUGCGGGAGACCCAAAGGUCAGGCCUGAGAGAGCCUGGGGACAUCCUCCCCCUGUGGAGACAGGCCAAGGCUCUGCAGACACAGCUGGCUGAGCUUCGGGUAUCCACUGAGAGGGGUCUCGCUGAUGUUCAGGCCGACAUGGCCCGGACGGCCCAGCGCGUGCGUGUGGCCUGCCUGAGCCUCGAUUCCCACCUGCGGCUGACAGCCAGCAGGGUGACCGGUGACCUGGAGCAGCGGCUGAGGGAGCAGGCCAGGGAGAUGCUGCAGCUGCAGGGCCUCUGGGCUGCUGAGAAGGUCGCACUACAAGCCAGACUUUCAGAGCAGACACUGCUAGUAGAGAAGCUCUCUGAGCAAAAGGAAGAAGGAGAGAGAUGCAUCCUGGCCCUCAAGGCGGACAUCCAGAGACUGAAAUCGAGGCGCAGUGGGGGCCAGAUGGUGGCAGAUGAACUGAGGGAUGAGAUUGACGUCCUGCAUCAUGUCCUGGCCAGCAUCAAGGAGGUGGCCCAGUCAGAUGCAGCUCUGGAUCUGACCUGGGGCAGCAGCAGUGAGGUCAGGGAGGUACAGGGCCGACUGAGGAGCCCCCCACGUGCUGUCUCACCCCACCGGCAUGUGUCCCCAACACGGACCAGCUCUCCAGCCAGCCUGGACCCUGCCCUGCAGGCCGUGCAGGCAGCCAUUGAGAGGCGGCAGCAGAGGGAGCAGGAGCUGUGUCUGAGGCUAGAGUCCUCCCAAGAGGAAGCAGCCGGGCUCCGGGAGCAGCUGUCUGGGUACCGGCAGGAGCUGCGGACCUCACAAAGGCUUCUGCAGGACAGGGCACAGGAGCAUGUGGAUCUCCUGGGCCAGCUGGAGGCCCAAAGGCAGGAGACACAGCACUGCCAGGCAUCCAUCCAUCUCCUGGAAAGGGAGAAAGUAGCUCUGGAGACCACAAUGAAGGAGCUAAGAGCGAGGGCAGACAUUCGGGAUGCGGAGACACAGAAGCUGGAAGUCACAAAUGCAGAACUUCGGAGAAGUCUCCUGCUGCAGGCAGAGCAGAAAGCUGAGCUGGCCCAGCAGAGUGAGCGGAGCCUGCGUGAGAUGGAGGCCAGCCAGGGCCGCCUGGAGCAGCUGGAGGAGAAGGUCUCUGGGUUCAGGAAGGAGCUGGCCACGGCCCGGGAGGCGCUAAGUUCAACACAGCUGCAGAGGGACAUCGUGGAGACCGAAAGGGAGAGCCUGCGUGGUGCCCUGGCCCGAGCCGAGUCUGGCAAUGCUGAUUUGGAAUUGCUGGUGGCGCGGCUGAAGUCAGAAGGGUUAGAGCAACGAGACUCCCUGGCCAAGAUGGCUGCCCUGGUGGAAGGGCUUUCCCAGGACAAAGACACCCGAAACCACCUGGUGCUUCAGCUGGAGCAGGAGAGGGACCAGCUCCGGGAGCAGCUGGAGGUGCUGGAGCAGGAGCGAGUCAGCGUCAGGGAGCAGCUGGCACAGACAGAGCAGCAGCGGAGGCGGCUACAGGAGACUUGUGAGCAACUGAAGCAAGAACAGCAGCAUCUAGAAGGACGGGUGGUCCUGCUCGGGCAAGAGAGUGCCCAGCUCCGGGAGCAGGUGGGCCAGGCCACAUGCAAGAAACAGGCCCUAGAGAAGCAGCUGGCACAGAGCCUGCAGGACCAGGAGGCCCAGAUGGACGUUCUGCAAGAAGCUCUCCACGAGAAGAACACGCUGUCGGAGGAGCGGGCCCAGCUACUGGCUAAGCAGGAAGCCCUGGAGAGACACAGUGAGCUUGUGACUAAGGAGGCCGCUGGUCUGAGGGCAGAGAGGGACUCUCUGGAGAAUGGCCUCUUUGAGGCCCAGCAGCUUGCGACACAGCUGCAGACCCAGCAGAAACAGCUAGAAGGCGAGGCCCAGGCUGCUCGGCUCGCUCACAGGGCUUUGCAAGUGGACAUGGAACACCUGAAAAGCGACUGGGAAGUCCGGGAGACACAGCUGCAGUGGGAUCUGGGGCAGCUGCGGCAGCAGGCGGCGCAGCAGGGGCAGGAGGCACAGCUGGCCUUGGAGCACCAGGCGCUGGCCCACAGAGAGGACCUGGCACGGCUGCAGAGGGAGAAGGAGACCCUCAGUUUAUCCCUGGCAGAGGAGAAAGAGGUGGCUGCCCAGUGGAUGGAACAGCAAAAAGAGCUGGUGACAAAAACUACAGCUGAGAGGGAGGCUCUGGAGAGGGAAAUUCAGAGCCUGAAGCAGGAGCGGGAUGAGAGCCUCCUCCAACUGGAGCAUGAGAUGCAGCAGGCAAUGUCUCUGAAGGAAGCAGAGAAGAGCCUGCUGAGCAAGGAGCUCUCUGGAGCUAACAGGGAGCUGGAACGGACACGCCAGGAGGCCCAGCACCAGCAAGCACAAGCUGAGGCCACCAUCGCCACCAUGACCAAAGAGCUGAGAACUCUUCAGGUCCAGUUUGAGGAGGCCAUCUCCACCCACCAGAGGGAAGCUGAAACUCUGAGAGAAAAGCUGCGGGAGACAGGAGCCGAGCGGAGCAGUGUGAGGAGAGAGGCUGAGGGUCUUCAGGCACAGCUGAACAUGGCCCAUGAAAGGUUGGCUGAACUGCGCCAAGAGCUUCAGGACAGUGAGGAGAGUCAGCAGAGUCUCCGCAGGGAGGCCUUGGAGGCCCGCCGGGCACUGGACGACGAGGCUCAGGAGAAGGAUGUGUUGCAAUCCUCCAACACCAAGCUGCGGGCCACCAUCCACAGGGCCGAGCAAGAGAAAGCCAGCUUUAAGCGGUCCAAGGAGGAGCAGGAGCAGAAGCUGCUGAUGCUUCAAGAGGCCCAAGUAGCAGCUCAGAGGGAAGCCUAUGAGCUGAGGACCAGGCUGCAGGAGUUAGAACAGUCACAGGGGGCUACCCACCAGAGGCUCCAGGAGUGCCACAGACAGGUAAGGACCCUGGAAGCUGAGAACCAGAGGAAGAAGCAGGAGGUGAGUGAGCUGCAGGCCCAAGCCUCCCGUGAUGCCCAGCAGCGAAGGAAGAACCUACAGGAGGCCCUGGAGCUGCAGAGGCAGAUAGCUGAGGCCCAGGCUGCCCGGGACGGCGCCCAGAAGGAGGUUCUAGGGCUACAGCAGAAGUUGGCCGAAGUGGAGGCAGCGGGGGAGGCCCGGGUGAAGCAGCUGGAGGAGGAUCUUUGUGAGAGCCGGAGGGCCGAGCAGACCCUGCGGACAGAGCUGCGCAGACUCACCAGGAAGCUACAACAGGCCAGCAGCCAGGCUAGCGACCUUCAGGCCAGCCUGGACAAUGCCAGUAGCAGAGUCCACACCCUGGAGCAGGAGCUGGCCCAGGCUGAGGGUGCUAGGCACAACGCGGAGGCCCAGCUAGGCCGGCUGUGCUCCACACUCCGCAGCGGCCUAGGGCUGUGGAGUCAGAGCCGCUCGGCCUCUCCAGAGAGGUCCCAUUCUCCCACAACAGGCAGCUCCCAGACUCGCCCUGGACGGCAAAGGGCCAGUCCCCCUACUAGAUCCUACUCUCCAUCCCGACGGCCCUCGCCUGCACCUGGAGACCCUGACUCACAGAUCAUAGAUGUGGCCUCUGUGAGGGAUGCCCUGCGGGACAUGACGCAAAAGCUUCAGGAAGCCCAGCAGGAGCAGGAGAACUCUAGCAUCCAGGUGGCCAGUUUGAGCAGCCGCUUGAGUGAGGCAGAGAGUGAGCGCAUCCACUUACAGGGCCGCGUGGAGCAGCUACAGAGGGACCUAACUGAUGCAGAGGAAGGGCAGCACAGGGCGGAGAGGGCACUGCAUAGUGCCCAGGCAGCUCGGGUCCUGCAGAAGGAGGCACUCCAGAGGCUGGAAACAGAGCACCUGGCGAGCAUGCGAGCUGCAAGCCAGGAAAGGAGGCGGAUGCAGGAGCAAGUGGAUACCCUGCGCCAGGCCCUGGAAGACAGAAGAAGGCACAGCCAUCGCCUUCCAGAGAAGGGGAGGCAGUUGGAGCCCCUGCAGCAGGUGCUCCUGCGGAGUCACAGGGAGCAGGAAGCCGCAGCGAGGCAGCAGCGGGCAGAAAGGCAAGCCCUACAGGAGCAAACAACCUCUCUGCGCACCGAGCGGGCCCGCCUACAGGGGGAGCUCGCGGCGCUGCGCACUCGCCUCAUACAGACGGAACAGGAGACCCUGAGGAAGGAGGAGGACACAGCAAUGCUGGGCGCCAAGAAGGAGCUGCUGCAGCAGUCUCUGUGCAGCCUACACCAGGAAGUAGACGGGGCCCUGCGGCAGAGCCAGCAGCUGCAGGCCCAGAUGGCGGAGCUGGAACGGGCCCACACCCAGCGGCUCCAAGCCCUGGCUGCCCAGCACCAGCGGGACCUAGCAGCUGAGGCCGAGAGGCUCCACAAGGCCCAGCUGCAGGCCACACAGGCUCUGGAGUCCCGUGAGCAGGCACAUCAGCAGAGGGUGAAGGUUCUGGAAAGGCAGGUGGCUAGCCUGAAGAAACAGCUGGACCAGAGAGUACGGCGGGAACAGCAGCAGGCCCAGGGUGACGAGAUGCUCUGAGCUAAGCAGCAACCUUCGCUGCAGCUCCUUCCCUGCACUCCUGUGCUGGGUGGCCUGCAUCAACCAGCCGGGACAGCAAUCUCUGGAGGAGAUGCUAGGGUCCUGUACUAUGCACACUAUACUAUAGGGGCCAAGUUCAACAAACAUCGGUGUGUUGUGACAAGAUGCACGUAUAGGCAGCCACCAACCGAAGCACACUAUCCCUUCAACUCCUCCCCAGACUGCAGAGGUCCUGCCUUUGGGGACCUUAGCCUCCAGCUGGGCUGAACCGCACUGCUGGUCACUGCUCUUCAAUACUCGUUCCUGCAUUGGCCACCCCUCAGACCCAUAGCGGGCCUUGCGCUCCAUUUUCAGAUUGGACCCACUUCUUGGGCUAAGCACUGGUGGCUGGGCCCUGUCAGACCAGCUCCCUCGCCACAGGCUGCAAUCCAUGCCCUCAGCUCCGUAAACACAGGGAAACACAUGGAAAACAUUUCCACCAGCCAGAGCCAAAAACACAAUGUCCUGCAAGGCCAGCCACCACACCCCACAUCCAGAGGCCGCAGGAUCUUCCCCAUCCAGGAACUGCAGUCCCGGAGCGGUGGCAGGUGGCUGGAAAUGGCUCAGAUGCAAGUCCCGUGACUCGCUGGCCACAGGGGCGUUGGAGAUAUGAAGCUGUUCCAGCAUCUCCCAUUUCCAAACCCAAAAUGCUGGGAAAUGCCAGUGGGGGAUCCUGCUCUGGCUGCUAUGAAGACGAAGGUUGUCAUCUUACCACAGCCUGCUCCUGCCUCACCUGUUGGCAUCUGUAUGCCUCUCCCCUAUUUAGCAUGGGUCAGAAUGACUUGUCUUCCUUUCCAUCCAGCCUGUUUGAUAUUGUAAGCAACACUUUCCAGUACCUCUGAGCUACCGCCAGGCUGGUGAAUGCUUGCCUGCAUCACAGGGUGCAGUUGCCACAUGGCUGUGCUUCUGCCGACACCUCCCAAAGCAUCUUCGAGGACCCUGGCAUGGGGCAGGAAAGGCCAGAGGUUCCUUGGCGCCCAUCCAAUAGCCAUCAUGUAGCUAUGGCCAAGACUGUGACAACCUGUCAGCGUACUUCGAGAUCACCAGGGACUCAAAAUCAGCCAUCCUGUCAGGCCUCUGGUUGAACUUAGUAACCAGACCUGCACCAUCAAGGUGGGCAGAUAGGUCCAUCACUGAUGGCGGUGUGAAGAAGGGGGUCCAGCCCGGGCCCUGAAAGGAAGAGCACAGAGACCCAUGGGCGACAGCUUCCCUGGACAAAGGACAAGUUGGCGGUGGCAUAGGUUCCCCGACAUGUGCCCACCUACGGUUUCCAGGUACCAGCGAACACUGAGCCUAGUGGAGGAGAGUGGAUGGCCCUUCCACCAAGGACUGAGAAACUAGGUCUUUCUAGUUGGCCCUCACCUUCCUCCUUCCUGGUCUGCAGUUCCUGCAUGGUAGUAUUGAACUCCCUGCUCAAGGACGAGGGUGGCUCAGAAGCCGGAGAUUGCCACAGGAGGCAGGGAGUUCUCCACUGCUCAUUCAAGGAGUUCAUGUACAGUGUCAAUGCCUUCCUCCUCCUGUCCUUGCAGGGCUCACUGGUGUCCCGGGGACAUCGGUGGGAAUGAAGCGGAGGAGGUAUCCCGUAAAUGUACACGGACAUACUUCAGUAGUGAGAGGCCUGGCUACUUCUCAGCACCAAAGUGGAAGAUACCGUGACCAGGGUGCUCCCUGGUGACCUGGGGCCUUUACACUGGCUGCUCAGAAGAGCACUCAGAGUACACUGAAGGCUUCUGAGAGUGCCACGCUUUGAGUAUUUAAUUGGUGCAGGGGAUAUUGUUUUUACUCAACAUAAAGGAAAGUAAUGGGGAAAAGAUGUUUUCUUAAGAUAUAUAUAUAUUGCAUUUCUCUAAACAUUUUCUAAGACAUGUGCACACUGGUGUGUGUCAGAGUCUGGUGAUUGCUGCCCUGGGCAGAGUAGCGACUGCAGAAGACCUUCAUGGCCGUGCUCUGAGAUCACCUUUCGUGGGUGAUGAAAACUUCCUUGCAGCUGGGCCAAGAUCAGAUGGGUAACUGACUAUUGGCAGCCAGUGUGUCAAAUCCAGGACCCCACAGCUCACUCCAUUCGGGCCUUGCCCCAACCCACCUGCCCAAUGGAACAGUAGGCACAGGGAUGCAAACUACAUCCAGCCUUCGGCAAAGGUGAGGCCAACAAAGGAGGCAGCUGGGGUGAACAAUUCAGGUUAUGCAGGUGAUGGGGGCCUUCUGGCUCUUGUCCUCCCCGAAGUUUGAGAGGAAAGGGCUCUGAUACCUCACUGCUGGAACUGCCUAGCCCCACCUCCAAAGAAAGGCGGGCGGUUUCUCUUUUUGGACUGGCCCACAUUUGGUUCCUGGCCUGUACCAAGUCCGAUGGAUCCCAGCAUCCAUUUGGGAGGUCUUAGCCUCAGAUGGGUGUCUCAGCUCUGCGCCUCACCCAAGCAAUCUGAACAGGCUCUCUGAGUGUGUCUAUGGGAACGAAAAAGCAGCCCUCAGGCCAAGUCCUGCCACAUGGAGUCUCAGGGCUGGACCCUGGACCCCAUGUGUAGCUCCUCGGCUGGCAUCAUAAAGAUGAGCCUCUGCCCACCUAUCCACUUCAGGGGUUGGGGAGCACAAAACACAGAAGAGAUAUCUCCCAGGGUUCUGAACACUAGGAGACAGACAGACAAACAGAUACACACACACGCACAGAGGGCCCAGAAUCAGGCAUUGGCCCAGUUCUUACUGGAGACAGAACACAAAAUCUGACAGACACAUGCCAUCCUGCAACCUAUACUGAGGGUGCUAACAUUCCCUCUGACCAAGGGGCUCUGGCCACGCCCUUGGAUGCCCCAAUUUGGAGCCACCAGCCUUACCAGUUUCUCAGGUCACUGUAAGUAGAAAACAAACAGAACAGAAGGGCUUGAGCCCAGGGAGAAUUUGGAGAGAAGGCCAGACUAAGAGCUGGGAUGUCACCUCAAGAGACUGGCCAGCAUCAGACCUGGAGCAGGGGGCAAAGGUUCCUUCCUCUUGACUCUGCUGGAGCAGGAUGCAACCGACAUGCACUGCUUAUUUGAGAUGUCUAAAACGUUAAUAUUUUAAAAAUACAUCCUGUGUCUUUUAACAAUGGAGAUGCAUCUGAGAAAUGUCACUGGGCAACUUUGUCACUGCAGAGCAUCACAGAAUUCAUGACACAAACCACGAUCACCACAGUAUUCCUGGGUGACCCACUCUUUGGAGACCAUCUGGAAUAUGUGAUCCGUGCCUGACUGCAAGAUUGUUAUACAAGAAAAUAAAACCUCGCAGGAGGCAUGUAAAGAUCACACCAGCACACAUAAUCUGAACCCCACUGCUGCAGAGGAGAAACUUGAGCACUUCCUUUCUCCAGAACACACAUUUAGGAUGGCUGUAAUGGGCAUGCUACUCUGAAUGCUGUUUCCCAAAUGUUUUGCUUGGCAUGGUGUCAUCAGAGUUUUCCCGAUGCCUUUAAAAAUAUCCCAGCGGCAUGA